AUGAACGGCACGGCCACAGACCCCAGAGGCAUCCAUGUCGCCAUCGUAGGCGGUGGGAUCGCGGGCGUGAGUCUGGCGCUGGGCCUGCACAAGCGGGGCGUGUCGUUCACGCUGUACGAACGCGCGCCGGAGAUCCGCGAGAUCGGGGCGGGAAUCGGCCUGUCGCCCAACGCGGAGCGCGCCAUGGAGAUGCUGGACCGCACGACGGUGCUCGACGCCUACAAGCGCAUCGCCACGCCGAACGGGGUCGACGAGUUCCAGUGGAUCGACGGCUUCCGCACCGACGAGCUCAUCUACACGCUCUACAUGGGCAAGGACGGGUUCCAGGGCUGUCGGCGAUCGGACCUGGUCGACGAGUGGAUAAAAGGCGUGCCGGCCGACCGCAUCAGCCUCGGAAAGGAGGCCAAGUCCAUCAGGCAGCUGGGCGAGGGCGGCAGCGACGCGGCAGAUGAUGGGGGCCAACGGGGUGGGAAAGCAGUCGAGAUCACCUUCAAGGACGGCACCACGGCCACGGCCGACGUGGUGGUGGGCUGCGACGGCAUCUGGUCCCGGGUGCGCGAGCUGCUGCUGGGACCCGACCACCCUGCCUCGCAGGCGGGAUACAGCGGCAAGUACUGCUUCCGCACGCUGGUGCCCUACGACAAGGCGCUCGAGGUGCUGGGCCACGACCGCGUGCACACGCGCUACAUGUACAACGGGCCAGGCGCGCACUGCAUCACGUACCCGGUGGGGUUGGGCGACAACCUGGUGCUCAACGUGAUGGUGGCGCUGUCGGACCCGAACCCCUGGCCGCUGCACGAGACGGGAGGCAAGCACACGGCGCCGGGGACGAGGGAGGAGGCGGAGCGCGCCACCAAGGACUUCCACCCUACCUUUCGCAAGGUCAUCAGUCUCCUGCCCGAAAAGGUGGAGAAGUGGGCCAUCUUCGAUUCGAUGGAGAACCCAGCCCCGACCUUCUCCAAGGGUCAGGUCUGCCUCGCCGGCGACGCAGCCCACGCGACCGGGCCGCACCUGGGAGCGGGGGCCGGGGUGGGCAUCGAGGACGCGCUGCUGCUGUCGACGCUGCUGGAGCGCAUCGACCAGGCCGUCAAGAACAGCGGCGCCGAGGAAAAGAAGCGCGACAUGAUCUCGCGCGCCCUCGACAUCUACGACGGCCUGCGGCGCGAGAGGACCCAGUGGCUCGUCGUGGCCACCCGCGAGGCCGUCGACAUGUUCCAGUGGAAGCAGGGCGAGGCUGUGGGCAGAGACGGUGAGGCGUUUGGGCGCGAGAUCGGCAAGCGUUUCCAUCGGGUGUGGGACUACGAUCUGGAUGGCAUGUGCAAGGAGGGACUCGAAAAGCUUGCCAUCCCAUGCACGCAGGGUUGGGGCCAAAAAUAA